UUGCCGUAAGGAUUAUUGUUUAGUUAUACUCCAGUCCUGCAGAUGGCAGUAGCGCGCUAUUUCCCCCUCAUUAUUUCAGCGAAGUUCUUUGGCCUUAUCUCAAUCGCUUUACCCAGACACCUAGUGCACUUCGAACGUUCCCUAGCAAAAUGACGGGUCUCCGCCAUUUUGUAGUGCAUAUACAUAGGGGUCAAGGGAGCUAUUUGGGACGCGACCCGGCCAGAAUAUGGCGCUGAGCGUUUAACUUAGCCGCUUUAGCCUCCUGAAAGUGUAUAAAUCAUUCUAUUAACGGCGUCUCCUGUGAUUUAAUAUAAAUACGGAGUUUAUAUACGGGGAUUUAUUCUUUAAUAAGCAAAGAAAGGAGACGGAAGUGGCUUUUAAAAAAAAAAAAAUUUUUAUUAUAACAGGUCAACAACAACCUUUACAUGUUUCUGGUGGGGCUAACCGGAGGAAUCGCCUCAGGAAAGAGCACCGUGUCGUCUCAGCUCAGGGAGCUCGGCUGCCCCGUCAUCGACGCAGAUGUUGUGGCCAGGAAAGUGGUGGAGCCUCGGACGCGAGCAUACCAGCUCAUUGUGCAGAACUUUGGGCAGGAGGUUCUCCUGGAGAACGGAGAGAUAGACAGACAGAAGCUCGGCCACAUCAUCUUCUCGAACCCUGAGAAACGCCGCGUGCUCAACUCCAUCACACACCCCGAGAUCCACAGAGCCAUGUUCCACCACAUCCUCUACUACUUCAUCAGGGGUUACAGGUACGUGGUCCUGGACGUCCCUCUGCUGUUCGAGACGCGGCGUCUGACUCAGCUGAUGAAGCACACGGUGGUCGUCUACUGCGACCCCGGCACUCAGCUGGCUCGGCUCAUGCAGCGUGACUCUCUGAGUCAGGGCGAGGCAGAGCAGCGCGUCGCCGCACAGAUGCCCCUGAGCGAGAAGCGUGGGCUGGCCAGGCACGUCAUCGAGAACUCCGGCUCACGCGAGGACACGCACCGCCAGGUCCUGCGCUUACACGCCGCGCUCGACCGCUCCAUGGAGUACCUGCCCGUCAGAGUCAUCGCCGUGGCAACAGUCGCCGGGCUCGCGGGCCUCUUCCUGUACACGCUAAAACUCCUAGCAUCGUAGUCGUCGGGUCCAAAACGCCUUAACGUAUUUUAUAAGCCAGGGUUCCAUCUCCUCACGAAGGGUGAACAGUUGUUUAUUUUAUCAUCUGUUUUAUUUGUAUAGCUUUUAACAAUUCAUUUUGUCAAUUGAAAUCGUACACGGAUUCGUCCCUAAUGAGCGAACCGGUGGCGAGGAAACACCUCCACGAAUGUUGGUACGAGGGAGAAACCUUCAGAGGAACCCGUCCUCACCCUCGACACCAGACGUCCGUUCAUUAUAGUCGAUUCAUCAUUAUAUUAAUUACACUCCAAAUCCAUCAUCAUGGUUUCUUGUAAUCUGCCCCCAGAGAUCUCCAGAAGUCUAUCUAGAAUCAAGUUUCGACUCUUCCACCACCAGACAUCACGGAUCAGAAUUAAUCAAUAAAUGUUUUCAGUCUAGUCUCGAACGCUAAACUGGUGUCUGAGUCCCGAACACUAACUGUAGGGCUUUGUAUGAGGAAGCUCUGCCCCCUGCUGUCGUCUUUACUAUUCAAGGUACCAACAAAUGACCUGCACCUUUUCAUGGAAGCAGGUGUUUUGAAUGAUUUAUUCAUCCGUAGUGGUAGUUUAGUAAUUCUUAUGAUCCCAGUGUAGACUGGAUUCGACAGGGGUGGGGUUCUCAUAUUUCCAGGUGUUACUAAUUGUUUUUUUUUCCCCACCCAGACAAAUCUAAACAAACGACUCACCUGCAUUUACAUUCGCGGCCUUUGGUAGACGCCCUUGCUAACGCAUCCAAAGCAAAUUGCCUAGGGUUUGAUUUUGGGUGGGAUUUUGUUGCCAUUUCAUUUCGUGUCUUGAGGGUUUUUUUUUUUUUUGCAACCUAUUCACACUAAUUCACCUUUGUCACGUGACUGAUCACGUCGCUAGACUCACGCUCCGCCCACACACUUCCUCACAGCACGUAGACGUCAAAUCUGACGACGAAUCGAUUCAUUCCUAAUGCGCCUGAUUUAAAACUACACUGUGAUUAAUGCUCAUCUCACACGUGUGGACACGUGAACUGAAUGUAGCUGGAAAUGAAGGGAAUGGAACUGUUGAACUGACACAUUAAACACGUUUCAACCCUUCAA